AUGAAAUUCCUUCCUAGACCAUCACUACAUCCCGACCUCACCGAAGCACACAACCAGCUUCCCAGAAACGAUGAGAUCAGCACUCCCGAACAAAUCGCGAACCGCCGCAAAGCCCUCGACUUUACACUGGAGUAUGCCCUCCACGGAAGAGAACAUAUUAUUUUCCACGAAGAAAAAGAAUUCCAAGGUCCAACCCAAACCCUAAAAGCCUCAAUUUUCCGCCCAAAGCAACCCAAGCAAUCCAACUCCCCAGGCAUCCUCUUUAUCCAUCCCGGCGGCCACAUAUCCGGAAGCCGCUUCCUAGGCAUCGACAGCGCCCUAGACUGGGUAGAAGAAUUCGGCGCCACCCUGAUCUCCGCUGAUUAUCGUUUUGCGCCCGAACAUCCCCAGCCAGCGCAAGUUGAAGAUAGCUAUGCAGCUCUGGAGUGGAUGAGCGAGCAAAGCCAGGAGCUCGGGUUCGAUCGUAAUCGCAUCAUUGUAUGUGGUGGCUCGGCUGGAGGGAAUCUUGCUGCCGGGGUGGUUCUGUUAGCUCGUGAUAGAUCGGGGCCACGGAUUCUUGGGCAAUUGUUGAUUUAUCCUUGGUUGGAUGAUAGUAAUGCUACUCAUUCGAUGAUGCAGUUUGGAGAUUUGGCUCCGUGGACGAGGUCGAAUAGUGUUGAUGCGUGUAAUUAUGCUUUGGGGGUGGGGAGGGAGUUUGCGACUAUUUAUACUGUUCCGUCGCGUGCGAGUGCGAAGGAUCUUGAAGGUUUGCCGUCCACGUGGAUUGAUGUUGGGGAUGCUGAUGUGUUUCGGGAUGAGUGUGUGGAACAUGCUUCUAAGUUGUGGACAGCGGGUAUCUCGACUGAGUUGCAUGUUUGGCCGGGAUGCUGGCAUGGGUUUGAUACUUUUGCGCCGAAUGUUCCAGUUAGUCGUCGGGCAAGAUUGGCACGAAGUGAAUGGGUGCGCAAUUUGAUCCUCUCGUAA